AUGGUCCCACGAUCAUUUGCGAGCCUUGCGCUCACCAUCCUCUCCCUCGUCGGCUUUCUAGCCACCGCUUCAGCGCAAAACCCUGCGUCAGCCUCGCAGACUCUCAGCAAUGGGCUCGGCAUCGCCAUUAACGUACCGGACAAUUCCACCGACACGCUCUUCCUCAACUUUCGCCUGCCGUCACGAGGCGUUGGCUGGGCUGCAUUCGGCAUCGGCUCAGGCAUGAGUGACAGUCUCAUGUUCGUGGUCUACCCCAACACUACGAAUGGCCUCACUGUCUCCCCGCGAACGACCACCGGCCACAGCAUGCCGGAGCACGACUCCGAUGUGACAUUCAUCCUCUUGCCAGAGUCUGGCAUAGUCAAUGGCAGUUUCGUCGUGCGCGGCAUGUGUGUGGGAUGUCGCACGUGGGGCGGAAGCAAUAGCAUAGACACUACAAGUGGGAAUCAGCCCAUGAUCUGGGCCAUGGGACCAGCUGGGUCUGUCGAGAGCGAUGACCUCAACGCGAAUAUCAACAUUCAUCAGCAGAAAGGAGUGUUCGAAAUUGAUAUGCGCACUGCAAGUGGCACUCCUGGUGUUCCAUCCGGCGGUGGACCAUUCGCUGGCAAGUCAACCGCCAUCAAGGUCCAUGCAAUUCUGGCGCUCAUCACCUUUGUCAUUCUUCUGCCCGCUGGCUACGCGCUUUUGCGACUGCUGGACAAGGUUCUUAUUCACGCCGGCGUACAGACGUUGGCAUUCAUCUUCGUAACUGCAUCAAUUGGUCUUGGCAUUAUAGCAAGCAAGAAUCAAGGCAUCUCACCCAACAUCAAUGCCCCUCAUCAAGUGAUUGGACUUAUCGCAUUCGUGUUCAUGUUCCUCGCUGUCAUUCUCGGCGCCGUCGGACACGCCAUCUACCGCCGGACACAGCAGCCAUGGAAGUUCAUGAUCUCCCACAGAAUCUUCGGUCCCGCUGCUAUGGGUCUGGGCACCGCCAACUGCAUCUCCGGAUUCCGCUUCGCUGGCUACACCCGACCCAUCAUUGGCUUCAUUGUUGUCGUGGUAGUGAUUUGGGUCGCGAUCCUGGCACUCGUCCUGCUGAAGCGCAGAAAGCAGAUGAGGAAGACUGGGCCUAUGAACACACCUGCAGCAAUGAACUUUCGCGAAGGGCAAGCGCAACAGCAGAGUGGCUGGUAUGGCCAGCAGCCAGGAGUGACACCUCAGGGGCAUGGACCUGCCAUUCCUCUCCAGAACUAUCAGCAGCCAGGAGCGCCGCCGAUGUACAAGUGA